CAAGUACGUGGAGAUUGGAGAACUUUUAUAUACAUGACUUCACUAAAAUAUGGCUCUAUUUGAACUAAAAUUUCUACUUUUUUAUGCAAGAUAACAACACGAAAUGUCCUUAUUCACAGACUUCUCUAUCAUACUUAUCUCUCAAGCCUUUUUCUUUGGUUUUGGAUGGUUAUUUUUCAUGCGCUGGCUCUUCAAAGACUAUGAAGUGAGGAACCUUGUAGUCCAAUUUGUGUUUGCUAUCACGUUCAGUUUAUCCUGUACGAUGUUCGAACUGAUUAUAUUCGAAAUUUUGGGCAUCUUAGAACCAAGAUCUAGGUUCAUCCAUUGGAAACUUGGACUAUAUUCAAUGCUUUUUACCUUAAUUUUUCUUCUGCCCUUCUAUAUAUCAUUUUUCAUUGUGAAGACCUUACGCUUUGCUCAUCAUCGGAAAACUGUGAUAUGGCUAUCAACUCUCAUAUGGCUUUGUUUCUUGUACAUAUUUUGGAAGUUAGGGAACCCAUUUCCGAUACUCAAUCCAAAACAUGGCAUCCUAUCUAUCGAACAGGGUAUUAGUAGAGUCGGCGUCAUCGGGGUAACACUUAUGGCCAUCCUGUCUGGGUUUGGUGCAGUUAAUUGCCCAUAUACUUAUAUGGCGUAUUUUAUGCGACAUGUGACCGACGCAGACAUCCAAGCUAUCGAGAGAAAGUUGACGCAAACUAUGGAUAUUAUUGUUAGCAAGAAGAAAAGAAUUGCCUUUGCCAAACGACAAAGUCAGAGGUUUGCUGCAAAAGACUCAAAAAUGUCAGGUAAGCAAGCUCAAUAGUGCACCCCACUGCAACUCUUGGGCAGUCUUACAUGCACCCUACUUUAUUACUCUCUCCCCCCCUGUCUAAUGCCGGACAAUUGCACUUUCAAGAGGAGAGUGCUACCACUCAUAGGGUUAAUAUGAUUUCAUUCAUCUAGCAAUCUGGGGAGUGUUCAGCAGUGUCACAGGUGGUGGUAGUGAAAAUACUGGAAACCUUCAAAUAGAAGUGGAAACACUGGAGGAACUGAGCCGUCAACUUUUCCUUGAAGCUGUAGACUUACAAAACACCCGGGCAAGGAUGCAUUUCUCCAAGACCAUACAAGGCAGGUACUUUGACUUUGUUGGCCAUAUUUUUUCUGGUUAUUGUGUAUGGAAAAUAUUCAUAUCAACCGUGAACAUUAUAUUUGACCGUGUCGGCAAGGUUGACCCUGUCACUCGUGGACUCCAAAUAACGGUGAAGUAUAUCGGCUUGCAAAUGGACGUUAUGUUUUGGUCACAACAAUUCUCGUUUCUGUUAAUUGGUAUCCUGAUUGUAACAUCAAUACGUGGACUACUAAUAACUAUGACAAAAUUCUUCAACUCGAUGGCCAGUGCAAAGUCUUCAAAUAUAAUCGUACUGACACUUGCGGAGAUCAUGGGGAUGUAUUUUGUAUCGUCGGUGUUGCUAAUGCGUAUGAACAUGCCAGAAAAGUAUCGCUUGAUUAUAACGCAGGUUUUGGGAGACUUGCAGUUCAAUUUCUACCACCGAUGGUUUGAUCUGAUCUUCCUCAUUAGUGCAUUAUCAAGUAUAGGUUUUCUGUACUUGGCACAUAACCAAGCUCCUGAGAAACAUAUGUAUGACAAAUUUGACAACUAUAAUUAGUUAAAAUACAGAGUAGAUAGGCCAGGCCAAAAAGAUUCAAAGUUUUGUGAUCUGAAAAAUUAUGUACUUUUGUGGUUGAUAAAUGUGAUUAUAACAGGCUUCUAGAUUUUUUAGUAUCCUGAUAUCCAGAGGAUACUGUAUAAUUUUAAUUCUAAAUGUAGGAUAUUUUAAGCUUGUUUACACUUUUGCUGUGAUUUCUAGUGCGAUUUUCUUCUUCUCAUGCUUGUAAACGUGUAGAUGAGUUACGAAUGUUCUGAGGAAAAAAAAAAUAUGUGGGUUUCCCGACCCUACCUAGCUUUUGGACGUCGAAAUCCCGACUCUUAACUUUUUUAUUGGAUCAUGCGUGUAAGUGUUUCCACUUAGAGGAAAAAGUUUGUGGAAAAUUGAAAUUUGAGGCAAUAUUAGUGAAAUUUAUCUUUGGAUGUGGAAGCACUGACUAAACAAAACGGCAUCCGGUUGUUAGGAAAAUUUUAAAAAAAGUUUAAAAAAAAAGUUAAAACCGACCUACCCUACCUAAGUUUUUAUAAGAAGAAACCGGAAACCCACAUAUUUUUUUUUUGGCCUGAGUAUGUGUCACCCUCAUCUGAACAUUCAUAACUCUUCCAAUUGUUCACAUCCGUCAGAAGAAGAAAAUCACACUAGAUGUCUCUAGUAAACAGGCCUUAAUGUUUUGAAUUUCGCAUUCUAGUGAAUAAUGUUAAAAAAGUUUGAUAUUGUUUCUGAAGCACAUUGCACUCUUACAUAACAUAGUAGAUCAGUUUAUUUAGUUCUGUUAAUGUAGCUCUACAAUAAAUAAUAUAUUUCAUUUAGUUAGGAUAAUGCUUAAACUAUGAACUUCAAUUAUAAAGCUACCAGAUUGAUAAAUGCUAGUAUUCAAUUACUACUUUUUGGCAACGCCGCAAUUUGAAGUUCCGCAACUUCGUCCAAGUCCCAUCGCUCAUCCGCUAUUUCCGCAUUCCGCAAAUGGGCGUUUUGACUCGAGAGAGACUGGGUGCGAGACAGCGCCCACUGUGUGGCAGCGGUUCAACGCAAUAAUGGUGGAAAUUUUAAAACUCCGAGAAGGAAAUUUUGUCUUUUAAAAAAAUACUUGAAAAUUCUUUAAUUUUUUACCAUAAAUCGUUGUUUAAAGAUGAAUUUUGGCAACGAAAAGUACUGGAAAUGACAUUAGGUGAGUUUUUAAGUUCAUAGUUUGGUUAGAAAAGCGCUUAAAUUAGUUAAAUACCGCGUAUCUAAAGGUGUUUUAUUUGCGACUUCGAAAUGACACGUGCGAAAUUUCAAUAGCAGCGAACUUUUUAAAGUUUUCUUUGUUUAAAAUUGUUUAAUUAAGUGUAAAAAGGAGUAAGCUUGGUGUGUGAUACUUACAAACAAAAAAUGUUUUUCAAAAAGUGGAAAAUUUAUUCAAAAAAAAGAAAAAUAUAUUCGACCACCUGAAGUGAUAUAAAAUUUGUCGAUGAUGGACAGAUUGAGCCCAUUAGUAAAGAUUGCUCUUUAUAUUCAAUCAACAAUGCCUCAAACAUGUUCAUGUCUGGCACUCAGGUAGGCUUAGCCUUUGUGCCCACAAAAAAAACUAGUCUUGGGCCAGUAUUAUCUUUUUGUAUUCAUGGCUCAUUCCAGAAAACAUCCUCAAGGCCCAUUUCCACUCAAGAAAAUUUUCCACAGACAAAAAAUUUGGAAAAUCAAUCCCAUUUUACAAAUUUUUCUUUCUGCAGAAAAUUUUCCUGAGUGGAAAUGGGCCUUUCGAUGGAUAGGAAAAUUUUCAACCUUUAACAAUGAUAUUUUUGGAAGAGUGGGUGGAAAUGGGCCUUUACCUCCCCCACAGAGGAAAUUGGUAGAUUAAACCCCCCUACCCCCUUUGGACAUUCUAAUACAUUUACUAUUAUCAGAAACUAAUUUUUCUCCCCUCCCCCUCCAGACAGGAGAAAUUUCCUUUAUGGGAGGAGCGUGGAUCUUUUCUGGAAUGACCCAUAUUUCAACUGGAUGGCUAUAACAACAUACUGGUGGGGGGUUCUGCAUACAUACUGGGGGUUUCCAAUCUUGAUUGGUUGAUUUUGAAAAACUUCUCAUGCUAUUUGAUGCAUAACAUCUGCAUCUAUGCAUCGGUAG